AUGAAGAAACAGAAACUCAUGGACAAGCACAAGCACAAAGUAUCACUCAACCAACACAACCAGCUCGAGUACAACCAGCCCGACGAUCUCGCAGAAGAACUCCACGUAUUCAACCGAUUGAGGUUUAAACAUAUUCGUUACCUGGCUACCACGACGAAUCUUGUUAGUAACAGAAACAAUUCAGAUGCGAGUUUGCCAAUCACUCCCUUCAGGUCAGACGAAAUCAAGAACCGUCAAGCUAGAAACGAAAAAGCUGUCAACUUUAACAACGGGGAUCAUUCAGCGAACAGAGGAUCAGAGAGCGGACUAGAGCAUUGUGUGAAGGUCAUAAGACAACUCGAGUGUUCAGGACACAUUGACAAGAAUUUCAGGCAGAAGUUUUUGACUUGGUACAGUCUAAGAGCGACGUCACAAGAGAUUAGAGUUGUGAAGAUAUUCAUCGACACGUUCAUUGAUGAUCCCAUGGCUUUAGCUGAGCAGCUCACUGAUACAUUCGAGGAUCGUGUUUCGAUCAAGCGCUCAGGGAACGGUGGUAGCGGCGGUGCGUCUGCGGUUGUUCCAUCUGGAUUCUGUAUGAAGCUGUGGCAUUAGAGGAACGGGGCCUCUCUCUCAUAUAUGGGUUUAAAAAUCGUUCUUUUAUUUUAGAGCUUCUUUCUUGUCAUUUUCAAAACUUUAUUCUAAUUAUUGGGAAAUUUGCAUUAUUGGAACAUUUCCAUGCAAGAACAGUAUUCUAUUUCUUUCAUUAAAUAUAAAAAGUUAAUUACAAAUC